AUGACGGAAAUACUGCACAAUGCCCCAAUUGUGCUGGACAACGGCUCGGGCACCAUCCGCGCUGGUUUCGCGGGGGAGGAUCUGCCCAAGUGCUUCUUCCCUUCGUGGGUCGGGCGGCCGAAGCACCUGCGAGUCCUGGCCGGCGCGCUGGAGGGGGAUUUGUUUAUAGGGAACAAGGCUUCCAACGAGCUGAGGGGGCUGCUCAAGAUCCACUACCCGCUGGAGCACGGCGUCGUGACUGACUGGGACGACAUGGAGCGAAUUUGGGAGUACGUGUAUGGCGAGGGGCUCAAGACGCUGAGCGAGGAGCAUCCAGUUCUGCUGACAGAGCCUCCUCUGAACCCCCGGAGCAACCGCGACACGGCCGCCCAGAUUCUGUUUGAGACGUUCAACGUCCCCGCACUGCACACGUCCAUCCAGGCCGUACUGUCGCUAUAUGCCAGUGGCCGGACGACAGGUAUCGUUCUCGACUCUGGCGACGGCGUGUCACAUGCGGUGCCUGUCUACGAGGGCUUUGCCAUGCCCAGCAGCAUACAGCGAAUCGACGUCGCGGGCCGAGAUGUGACUGAGUAUCUACAGACGCUGCUGCGCAAGAGCGGCUACAUCUUCCACACAAGCGCCGAAAAGGAAGUGGUUCGGCUGAUCAAGGAGAGCGUGUCAUAUGUGGCGCACGAUCCUAAGAAGGAGGAGAGGGACUGGAUCGGGGUGAAGCCCAACGAGAGCAAAUUUGCCGAAUACGUCUUGCCAGAUGGUCACAAGCUAAAGAUUGGCGCUGAGCGAUUUAGAGCUCCAGAGAUUCUGUUUGAUCCCGAAAUCAUCGGCCAGGAGUAUCCUGGUGUGCACCAGAUCGUGGUCGAUGCCAUCAGCCGCACUGACCUGGAUCUCCGAAAAUCACUGUAUAGCAACAUUGUCCUGUCAGGCGGCAGCACGCUGACAAAGGGCUUUGGUGACCGACUCCUGACGGAGCUGCAGAAGCUUGCGGUCAAAGACAUGAGGAUAAAGAUUUUUGCGCCACCAGAACGCAAAUACUCUACAUGGAUCGGAGGAAGUAUUCUCGCUGGUUUGAGCACCUUCCGCAAGAUGCUGGUGAGCAUUGAUGACUGGCACGAAAAUCCGGAUAUUAUCCACACGAAAUUCACAUGAUUCACGAAAUGGAAGCGGGCGUAUCGGCAUAAAGGAGAGCGAAAGUUGUCUUUGCAUGUCUGGCUUCUUUGGUUCAAGAUGGAGCGCGCAGUAAUAUUGAACAUUUCUCAAAGAUGAGCCGUAACUGAUGCGGCAGGUCUGGCAAAAUCUGCUCCGAUACCAGAGGAGACCAAAGGAAAAAAGGGGGAAAAGAAGAAAAAAAAAAUUGACAAGUUUUCCCAGGAGGUUAGAAGUCAACUGGUGGUGUACAACUAAUUUUCUUUUUUUCCUUCUUCUCACGAAAACAAAGAACUUGGUUUAUGAUACAGAGACGGGAGGGUUUUUUUACAGGGAGCGAGCGGGCAUUAGACGAGGGAGUUGUAGGACUUUGUCUGAUUACCUAGAUGAAGGGAGCCUAAUGAUACCCCGAUUUGCAGUUGAUUGUUGGAUUGGGGGGUUGAAGAUGGUGUAUGUAGCUGGGCACUUUGCACUCUGUACGUGUGUUGAUAAUUCAUGAGGUUAUGCUG